AUGACGCCCGUUCGUUUGUUUAAGACAAACGCCAAUCGGCAGGAGGCUCACCUGAUGUUAAGUGAUAGCUGCACGUUGCCAGUAGUCCCGCAACUAAGCGAAGAAGUACAACGGAAACAGAGUGAAUACCAAAAGUGUCUUGAAUCAUACAAACAGAUGCGUGCUAAGUUUGAAGAGAAUUAUCUUAAAUGUCCAACAAGUAGAGGAGGUCGUAAAUUGGACGAAACCCGGGACAAAUACGGCAAAGCGUGUCGAAGGCUUCACAGAGCCCACAAUGAGUAUGUAUUGUUGUUGGCUGAGGCUACAGAAUGCGAGAGAGCCCUGCGGACUGCGGCCCUACCUGCCAUAUUGGACCAGCAGAGGCGGCAGGGAGAAGCCACUGCUUCCUCUUGGAAGGGAAUCUUAUUAGAAGUUGUCCAGAGGUCUGAUUUUAGUACGGACAAGUUCAAGGAAAUUCAGGGUAAAACAGAAACCACAGUUCAAAAUCUAAAGCCACAGGAAGAGUACAAAGACUUUAUGGAAAAGUACAAGUCACCCUCUUUAUCAUCAGUUACGUUUACCUUCGACGAGAGUCUGGUAGAAGACACAAGUGGGAAGCUCCAACCAAACCAGUUGACAGUUGACAAUUUGACAGUAGAAUGGUUGAAGGAGAAAUUGAUAGAACUGGAAAACGUGCUUCUAGAUAAUAGGGAGAAGCAGACGGCGAUUCAAGGGCCAGAGAUUAUUGGGAACGGUGUUUGUAAGAACAAUAAUACUGGCAUGUCCAAUGGAGUUAAUGGAAUUGAUAGGUAUUCACCCCCACCACUACCAGUAACAACGUCUGAACCAAUAAAGCUCUUAGAACUUCGGAUUGCGGAAAGAAAAUGCGCAAAACAAGCGGAGAUGAUUCGUUCAGCGCUCGCAGAAUUGGGUUGUGAAGAGGCUCCGAGUGGCUGUCCUGAUCUCUCCGCUGAAACUGUAGGAGUUGAUAGUUUGGAUGGCAGCUCACCAGACCAUCAGGAUCGAGCAUCAAUCGGGUCUAAAGCGUCAAUGGAUGCGUUGCGGUUGCAUCUGCAUUCUAUAAUACCACCGAGACCCUUCUUCAAAAUGUUUACGCGGCCAUUCAGACGCAAGUCUGUGCCUUCCAGUCCAGCUUUACCUCCUAAAACGUACAGAAGCAGUAGUGAGGGCCCCUCAGACUCGGUGAGUGCGAGCGAGACUGAACGCUCCCUGGUAGACCAGGAAUGGUUCCAUGGAGUGUUGCCUAGAGAGGAAGUCGUGCGGUUGUUGAGAAAUGAUGGGGAUUAUCUAGUACGAGAAACCACGCGAAACCACGCGCGGCAACUUGUAUUAUCCGUAUGUUGGGGACAACAUAAGCAUUUUAUCGUACAGACCACACCAGAGGGUCACUAUAGAUUUGAAGGCGCCGCGUUUCCAUCAGUAGCGGAGCUGAUAGCGUGGCAGCGGGCAAGUGGAGUACCGGUAACAGCACGAUCCGGAGCUCUCCUACGAAGAGCUGUGCCCCGGGAGACCUGGGAACUCAAUAAUGACCAUGUGCAGUUACUAGAUAAGAUUGGACGGGGUAACUUUGGGGACGUGUACAAAGCGCGUCUUAUAACUACCGGACAAGAAGUAGCAGUGAAGACCUGUAGGGUUGCCUUACCAGAGGAACAGAAGCGAACCUUUCUGCAAGAAGGACGGAUCCUCAAGCAAUACCAGCAUCCCAACAUUGUGCGGCUUAUUGGGAUCGCGGUUCAGAAACAGCCUAUCAUGAUUGUUAUGGAGCUUGUAUCAGGUGGAUCCCUCCUAACCUUCCUCCGAACCAGGGCUCAGAACCUAAACUCCAGGUCUCUUUUGGCCAUGUGCCGUGAUGCGGCAGCUGGAAUGAGAUAUUUGGAGUCCAAAAGUUGUAUCCAUCGUGACCUGGCUGCCAGGAACUGUUUGAUUGCUGAUGACAAUAGCGUUAAGAUAUCAGACUUCGGGAUGUCCAGGGAGGAAGAGGAAUAUAUCGUGUCUGGUGGGAUGAAGCAAAUACCUAUUAAGUGGACCGCGCCCGAGGCUUUGAAUUUCGGUAAAUACACAUCACUCUGCGAUGUAUGGAGUUAUGGUGUACUGAUUUGGGAGAUAUUCUCAAAAGGCGACACUCCAUACGCUGGGAUGAGUAAUUCCAGAGCGCGGGAGAAAAUUGAUCAAGGCUACCGUAUGCCCGCCCCGGAAAGCUGCCCUGAAGAAGUCUACGCCCUGAUGCUGCGUUGCUGGGAAUACGAGCCCGAAAAACGACCACAUUUCAACCAGAUAUACACAAAUAUUGAUAAUAUUUAUAACAGAUAA